AUGCCCUUGCAUCAUCCGGCCACCUGUUUGACCUCCCAUUCACUCUCCAAGACAAAAAAGCAGCAGCCACCCUCCCCUGACAGGAUGAGUGAGCGCUCGGGCACAAGCUCCCUUGUUCCCAUGACACUGGAAGAGCCAGGGGCCGAACAGGCGUCGCCAAGAGCCCAGGGGCCCCUGCGCUGUGGCCCCUGUGCAGUGUGGCCCCGGCAGCAGACCUGGCUGUGUGCUGUCCCCCUCGUCAUGGGCUUUGUAGGACUGGGACUAAGCCUGAUGCUCCUCAAGUGGAUUGUGGUUGGUUCGGUGCAGGAUUAUGUGCCCACUGACUUGGUGGAUGCUAAAGGUAGCAUUGGACAGGACCCUAUAUUCCUCUCCAAACCCAGUGCCAUGCCUAAGGGCCAAGACAUUCCUGCCACAACCACUACAUCCGCGGCCUCUACCACCGCUCUCCUUUCUACUACCACACUGCUACCCGCCGAUGGCACCGCCCCCGCGCCAAGAACUCGAUCGGGGCCCCCUGCCAACCACUCGGCCAAUGGGAGCUCUCUGGGGGGUGAGGCCAACCGCGCCCCUCACCUUCACAACCGCGUGGGCACCCGUAUUAUCGGAACUGCGGUCACCGUCUCGACCACGCGGGCUACCCGUCUAACACCGCCCCCCAGCGCCAAGGAGGUCACCCCGAGAAACGCCGUACGCAAAGGGAUCGGGAGUAACGGACGUAACGGACAUGUCAACUCCAAACCUGGGCAGACUUCGACCAUCACCUCCACGUCGUCGUCCACUGUCACCCCUGCGGUCAAAAGCACUGCCAAGGGACCAUCACCCACCUCCCAGCCCGCGGUCCCAUUCAAGCCCACCACCCGCUGGAAUCAUGGGCGCCCAGGUAAAGGCCCCGCCACGCGCCCGCACCACCGCUACAGAACUCCCGUGGCUCCGACUCUCCCCAGUAUCCGCUCUGAGGUGUUCAAACCCUGCGUAGAAGACAAAGAUCUGGCUUUCUGUUUGAACGAGGGCGAGUGCUCCAUCAUCGAGACCGUAGCUGGAGUACACAGACACUGCAGGUGUAAAGAAGGAUACCACGGACUGCGCUGUGACCAGUUUGUCCCCAAGACGGACGCUAUCUUGUCUGAUCCAACGGACGAACUUGGCAUAGAGUUCAUGGAGAGCGGGGACACGUACCAGAGGCAGGUGCUGUCCAUCUUCUCCAUCGCCUCGGGGAUCGGCCUGCUCGGAGUGGCAUGUAUGGCCCUGUACCGCCGCAACAAGAGACACAGAGAGAAGCUCCAGGCACAUUUCUCGGACAGUCGCAGCCUAAGGGAGUGUAACGUGAACGCCUCAGCCCUCAUGUCCAAGUCCACUAAACUACAGUACCACCAGCCACUGCAAAAAGGGUGUUCUGCUGAUGGUGAGUUUCCCAGUGUGCAUGGAGCCAGCGUGAAGGCCGGGGACACAGGGGCAUCUCCUCCAGCUCUCCUCAGCAGAGCCCUGUCCAAAGGCAAACACUUCAGGAGCAGCUCUUUGUCUCUGAGUCCGGCCCAGCAGCGCAAAGAGAGCAGUGACUUCAGCACCCCACCUGUACCGAGAGGGAGGCACAAACUAUCGAGCGGGCUGAUGGAGGGUGCGAGGGUGACAGGGACCAGCUACAGGCAUCUACAAGAGGACAACGCCGCUGAUAUGGAGUCUGUGAGGAGGUGUGAAGGCUCAGCUGGUGGACGGGUUGGCACUCUCCUCAGCAGGACCUCACUUUCUCACUUCUCCAUUCGCAAGGGCUGGACCGAAGUACCCUGCACCCACCUUGACCGUGCUGGCAUCUUUCUCCCCCCCUCACUGCGCACCCGCUCCGUUCCCAUCAUCCCCUCUCUCCAGGCGGGUGACCCAAACCAGGCGCAGAACCCGGUUGGCACGACAUCAUCGACUGCUAUCACCGACACCAACUCCCCUUCAGCUCCUUAUGAGACAGUUGUACUCGGGUCUAGCGCUAACUCUGCAAGGCAAGUUUGCGGCACCAUGACAACAGGGUCGGCCAUGGAACUCAGGCGGGAUUUGGACGAGGCAAACGUGGACGCUCACAAUGAGACUGGGAAAAAGGAGAUGCAAAACACAGGCUUGAAGGAGACAGGCCAAAGAGGAGUCCAGGAACUGUGCCAAGGUCAGACAAACCUGGAGUCUGGAAGUGCAAACUGUUCCUUGGAAGCGACCGCCGUUCCCAGCUGCCGAGCGGCUGGUAGUGGGCACGCCAGGCCUUCCGCGAGCUGA